GAAUUUUUGAAAUCGAUUCUUGGUAUUAUUAAAAUCAAUGUCGGUGUUUGUUUUCGUUUUCGAUUUUCGUGUCAGUUGAUAAAAUGUGUUAGUGGAGGAAGGUUGUUGACAGUUGUUGGGUACCAGACGAAAAUUUUGACCUUUUAUUAAUUAUUCGAGUGACAUUUUAAAUUUAGUAAAUAAACCAUUGUGACAGUUGAUUUAAGUGUGUGAUCUGGUUGUGUUUCAGUUCCCCCAAGUGCUGAUUAUUUAUUAAGUGUGCUUUAACAACUCCAUCAGUAACAGAAUUCCAUCGACAAGAUGCUGCCGCACAACGUUUCGUCGCUAUAACUCACCACCGUCGGCACCGAGGGUGGCCUCGACUAAAAACCCCUAAUCAAAAUGUAAUAUAUGACUGCCAUCGUUGCCUAUUUACCGCCAAUAGCUACCAAUGGGUGCCAACAUGGGUAAAAACGCGUCACUUCUGGACGCCCUACCGUCCGGUCAGGGCACCCUGCACGUGGUCAUGCUGGGACUGGACUCCGCUGGAAAAACGACGGCCCUGUAUAGGCUCAAGUUCGAUCAGUACCUGAACACGGUGCCUACAAUAGGGUUCAAUUGCGAGAAGGUGAAGGGGAUGAUCGGAAAAGCCAAAGGCAUUAACUUUCUAGUCUGGGACGUAGGCGGUCAAGAAAAGCUCCGCCCCCUCUGGAAGUCCUACACGCGCUGCACGGACGGCAUAGUCUUCGUCCUCGACAGCGUCGACAUGGAACGCAUGGAAGAAGCCAAAAUGGAACUGAUCAGAACCGUGAAAGCUCCAGAAAACUCCAGUGUACCCAUUCUAGUGCUAGCUAACAAACAAGACUUACCUGGUGCUAGGGAGCCGCGCGAAUUGGAAAAACUUUUGGGAUUGACGGAACUGGGGAACGGCGGCGCCCCCGGGGGCCACCUCUGGCACGUACAGCCAGCGUGCGCCAUUACCGGCGAUGGCCUGCACGAAGGUUUAGAGGUGCUGUACGAGAUGAUCUUGAAACGCCGGAAAUUGGCGAAAGAACGGAAGAAGAAGGGUAGAUGAAGUUUAGUGCUGUGAAUUUUUCGGGCUCAAUUUGUCGAAAAAGACUUUAUAUACGAGAUGGUUGUUGUUGCGAGGAGGUAGAGCUCUAUGUCUGUUUUUUUAGUUUAUAGUUAUCGCGAAGCAGCUUUAUACAAAAUCCUAUCGGGUUGUGUCUUAGUUUUUAAGAAAUUUAUGUGUGACGACAGAUAUGUUUACGUUUUGCAAAUGUUAUAUACCAAAUUACGAUUUAUGUCGUAUUACGAUAUGGAUAAUGAACCAAUUGACGCUUUGUUUCGGUUUGUUCUCACCAAGCAAUUCAGAG